AGUUUGUUUUGUUUCAUUAUCUAUCAACAUGCGUUUCUUAGCCACUUGUACAGUUUUGGUAGCCAUUUUUGGUCUUUCCUUGGCAGGAUUAUUACACGAGGGCCAUGUCAGCAGCUAUAAAACUGUUACUAAACAUGUUGAGCCGGUUAAACAUGAAGAGAAAGGACAUGAUAACUAUGAAUGGGAUCAUAAGGGUUAUGAAUUCGCCCAUAAAGAUUAUAAUCACGGACAUGAGGAAUUGGCUCACGCCGUCGUUUUGGAGCAUCACGGUGAUUUCGCUAGUGGGCACCAUCAAGAACAUAAUGAUGAUAGUCACGGUCAUGGGGAUGAAUCUCACGAUUAUUACAGUCAUCCUAAAUACGAUUUUGAUUACGGCGUUAAAGAUACCAAAACUGGUGAUAUUAAAAAUCAAUGGGAAUCACGUAAUGGUGAUGAUGUUAAAGGUUAUUAUUCGUUAGUCGAACCCGAUGGCUCUACACGCAUUGUUGAAUAUUCCUCAGACAAACAUCACGGUUUCAACGCUGUAGUUAAGCACAUUGGCCAUUCUAAACAUCCCGAAAGCCAUGCCGAACAAGACAAUCAUCACGGCAAAGACAACCGUCACGAUAGUCAUCACGAUAGUCAUCAUGAUAGUCAUUACGACAAUUACCACAAAACUCAUUAUUAUCAUCAUGGUCAUGAUGAUAAGCAUUGUAUGGUUGUGUUAAAAAUUGCCACGGUUUUUUUGGCCAUUUGCAGCCUGGCUUCUGCAGGAUACUUGCACGGGGGCGCUCAUAGUUAUUCAGUGUUAACUAAACAUGAUUUGCCUUUCCAUUAUGCUGGUGGUUACGGAACUGACCAUGGCGUUGGCUACAGCGGUGGCUAUGGCGUUGGCUACCACGGUGGCUAUAUUGGAGGCUACGGUGGAGCUCUUUACCAUAGGGGUGGUGGUAGUGGCGGUGGUUAUGAACAUUUGGACUAUUAUAGUUAUCCUCAGUAUAAAUAUGGUUAUGGCGUGAAGGAUCUACAUACCGGUGAUGUUAAGAAUCAGUGGGAAUUGCGUGAUGGCGAUCUGGUUAAAGGGAGCUAUUCCCUUAAAGAAGCCGACGGGACUACUCGUGUUGUAGACUAUACCGCAGAUAAGCACAGCGGGUUUAACGCAGUAGUUAAACAAGUGGGCCAUGCUGUGCACCCUCACGUCUAUGGUUAUGCUGGCGGUUAUGGUUAUGCUGGUGGCUUGAAUAAUGGCCAUAGUUACGGUUACGGUGGCUAUGACGCUGGCCAUGGUGGUUACGGUUACGGUUAUUAAGCUUUUCGAAGA